GAAGUGACGGGCCUUUCCUCCGGUUUAUCUCCUGCCAGCGCACUCCAGUAUUGCGGAUAACCUCCAUACUACGUGUCAUGUCCUUAUCACAUGUCAUGACUCCACUGGGUUUCUGCUUCUGCGCCCCAAGUCUUCUCCUCACCGGACAAGUUCUGCUGGUAGUGAUCCAGGCGGAUCCCAUUGCGGAGUGGGUCCAAAACCCAGUUCGUUUGACUUCAGAGCCCUGGGUGAGGACCGAACCCUGGUCUUGGCACCCCUCUGACCAAGCACCCAAAUCCCCGAAAGCUCAUCCAUCCGAAGCAGGCGUGGGGACCCUUGAUUACCUGGGCUCCUCUGCUCCAUCCCAGAUGUUCUCCCCGCCUCGGGAACUGAAGGACAGUUUUCUUUCAUUCCAAGCUAUGGAUACCUCUGUGGCGUCUCACCCGGAGUCAGAUCAGUUCACUGUUCCACAUCAGCACUUGGCCAAGCAAAUGACUCCACCCAGGAAACCGCUGGAGAGCAUUUCAAAGCUAAAUGGGGAUCAAAAUCAGUCUCCACAAUUCAAAAGUAUUUCCAAUCUAGAUCAGGCUGCAGAUGACCAGUUAUUUGAAAUACCUGAUCCACCACUGGACAGUGAGCAUUCAAGCAUAACAAAGCUCAUAGCUUCACCCCAGAACUUACAAAAAGACCUAGUUCAGCACAGGCCACUUGCUAAGGAGGUUGUUGGAACUACUAAACAAUUUGCAAAAUCUCAACUCCAAAAAAAAACUGUGGCAGAUGUGUAUAGGGAUCCAAAUAUGAAUGAAGCUUAUUCUAAGAGCUUGCCUCUGCAAACCCAGGUAAACCAAGAGGGGCCUCCAGAGCCUUCCGAGAAUAUUGAACCUCCUGAAUACCUGCUGGAAGCACAAACUCAAGAGUCAGAGAAUCUUGAUAUGGCCCACGAAAGCCCAGAGUAUCUCCCAGUGCUCCCUGAGGAAGAUGAGACUUCAGUCCCAAAGGAAAACCCAGUUCAACAUCAUUUUGCUUCUGUGAAAGCUGUAGCCCUAAAGCAUCCUGACAGAAAUGUUCCCUCUCCAAAGAGAAAUGAAGCUCACCGCUCCAAAUUGCCAAAUGUCACAGUGAAGCCUGUGGAUCUGGAGGUUACAGUAAUUUCAGAGGAAGAUAAGGAAACCCAACAUUCUCUGAGCCAGCAGCAGGCCCCAGGCCAUCUUCCAGCAAGUCCUAAGGAGGUAGAACCUUCGUUAACCCAACAAGAUACCCUGGAACAGUUUUCAGGGGGUCCUGAGGAGAUAGGAACUUCAUUGACCCAUCAGGAGGCCGCAGCUCCAAAUCCAGAGCUUUCUGAGGAGUUGGGACCUUCAUUAGUCCAACAAGAGGCCCUAAGUGAAUCUUUAGAACUCCCCAAAGACCUUGAAGCAUCUGGUAGCCAGCUAGAAGUUCCAGCACUACAUACAAAGCCUCCUGAAGAAGUCAAUCCUCCAACUGAGCAAGAGGCUACGAUCCCAACUCCAGAACCCUCUAUGCCAAAUAUAAUUGAAAUUCCAGCAGCAACAGUUUCACAUCACAAUCAGGAUCAAGUCCACCAUUAUACUUUGCCCACAAUUACAGUCCAACCUGCAGAUGUGGAAGUUACAAUAACUUCCAAACCUUUUAAGGAAGCUGAGAUAUCUCCAGUUCAGGAAGAGACUCAGACUCCCGGUCCUGUGAAAGCUGGACACUAUAGCCUAGAACAGCAGGCAGCUGUACCUUCGGAGUCUUCUGGGGAGGUUGAAUCACUUGAAAGGUACCUGGGAUUCCUAACUCGGCCUCCAGAGGAAGAGGAGGAAGAGGAGGAUGAGGAUGAGGAUGAGUCUUCUCUAACCCGAGAGGACAUCCCAUCACAACAUCCAAGUCCUAUUGUGGAGGGUGAACCUUCUCCUAUUGAACUACAGCAGCCAAUUCGACCCUCUGAAUCUCCUGAGGAGGUGGGAUUAGGUCCUGAAAACCAGUCAGAAGUCUUAGUUAAACCUGCAGAGCUCCCUGAGGAAGUCAAGUCUCCAGUGGAGCAAGAGGCUCCACUUCAAGCUCCAGAAUCCCAUUUUGAGACUAUAGUUGACACGCCACCAAUUCAUGAAAUCCAGCCAGCUCCAAAUGAAGCUCUCCAUCAUCAUUGGCCAAAUGUUACCGUUAGACCUGUGGAUUUGGAGCUUGCCAUAACUUCAGAGCCUAUCAAGGAGACCAAGUCUUCUCUAGCCCAGCAGGAGUCCUCGGUGCAUCCUCCAGAGUAUACUGAAGAGGGGGAUUCUUUUCGCUACAAGCAGGAACAGCUGGUUCAGCCUUCUAAGCUGGAAAUUCUAACUCACACCUCAGAGCAUCAUCAUUUGACAAGUUCACCCUCAGCUCACCAUCAAACUCACCAUUCAAGCUCGCCCACUACAAUGGUUAGACCUCCAGAUGUGCAGCUCACCAUAGCACAAAAUCCCACAGCAGAGGUGGAACCUCCUCCGGCACUUCAUGAGGUUGUAGGUAAACCAAUUGCCAUCUCCGACAAGGGUGUAAACACUUCAACUCACCAUACACAUCCGGCUGUAACUCCAGAGCCUUUGGAAGAAGUUGAACUCUUGUCAAAUCAAGAGGAGGCUCCAGUUCAAUCUGCAGAGCCUGUUGAGUAUGAGAAGCCUUCUCUAAGUCAGCAGAAGAGCACAGAUAAGAAUCCGGAGCUCCUAGAGGAAGGUGGACCUUCUUCAGCACAGCAGGAGACCCUAGUGAAUCCUCCAGUGUUCCCUAAUGAGAUGAUAGUUCAACCUUCAGCACACUAUGAGGCAACAGGUCCUCCCCUGAUUCAGACUCAACUUCAUCCUCCCACAUCAUACAAUGUCACAGCUAAGCCUCCAGAGUUGACUAAUGAGGUUGAAACUUCAAGCCAACAGGGAUUUGAACCUUCAAAUGACCAGCAAGAAGAAGUUACAAGUCAGUAUCCAAUGCCCCCUGAAACUCAUCAAGAUUCUCCAGUUUAUCAAUGGGUCCUAACCCAGCCUGCAAAGCUUCCUGAGGAA